AUGCAUCUUGAGGCUCAACCCCUGCCAUCAAAUCUGAACCUCGAACUCACAACCAAUCAAAGUCCGUAUUCACAAGAAAGUCCGUUCAAUCAUGGGAGUGGUGAAGCUCCCAAUCAGCAGCCGCCAAACUUCGAGUAUGACCUGUCCGCAUGCGACAUUGACUGGGAUUUCCCCAUCAAUUGGCUACCAUAUGACAAUGAGAUCGAGACGAAUUAUUUCUCCAUUUUGGGAGCUGGCGUCGAUCCAUCAGCCCAGGCAUCUGGUGGCGACCCUAUGAUGAACAACGCCGUUGCCAACUUUCCCGUCAUCAAUCCCCAGCCAAGGCGUUUGUCAACAGUCACGUCGGUCUCUCCAGGGAGUGGCUUGGGGGUCACCACACAGCUGAGCGUAGGCUCUGAUCGAACUGUUCCUGGAGAUCUAUAUGCGACAAGUUUGAAUGGAGCACGAAGACCGUGUACUGCCAAGUCGAAGCAACUGUUUCCACCACCUGGACUUGACGGAUACGAACAAUUACCCUCGAUUUCUCAGGACACAUCGCUGAGAGUUCAAAACAGAAAGAGCAAAGGUUUUCCAGACACAGGCCAUAUCAUCGUCGAGGAAGGUGCCUGUCACGAGCCGAUACUGACAGAUUUCAACUACACCCAGAUAUAUGAUGGUUUUAUACAAACCUGCCUUGAGUCUUCCAUUUUCCAACGCUACACUUCUGGUCACUUCCCCUCACGCAACAUUCUGGACUAUUGCAUCCGGCUGUUCUUUGAGCACUUCAAUCCCAUCUUUACACUCAUCCACCCUCAGACAACAGACCUGAAUGGGAGCUGGACUUUAUCGCUAGCUGUGUGUGCCAUUGGGGCCCAAUACUCAGCUACUACGGAGCUCGACGCCAGUGUCGGACCAUUUCACGAGUUUCUGAGGAGGGUUUUGGUUGUUCAGUUUGAGAACUCCGAGAUGACCAUACCUCUUGCACAGGCCCUUGUGUUGAGCCAGGUCGGGAUGAUGUACUAUGGCGGAUGUGGACUUCGACAGACCACCUGUACUCGAGUGGGAAAUUUGCAGAGGGUUAUUGAUAUGUUCCAGACGAGAUCUGCCACGCAGGCUGACGACUUUGUUACAAGCCAGAUGGGGCAGACCGAUGAAGAGAGGUGGUUGAUAUGGAUUGAAGAUGAGACCUUGCGGAGACUUUGCUAUUCUAUCUGGGUUGGUUUCCAAUAUCUCUUCCUCGCCAUUGUCGGACCGAUGUCCCACAUCCCUCUCCCACACGAUAUUCUUUGGGCUCAUUCAAGCUCUUCCGACUGGAUCCAGGCAUAUCGCCGUGUCGACAGCAACCCCACUCUCGAGACCGCCCUUGGCGAACUGUUCCGCGAACGAACCGCCAAGACCGACCUAGGCGAAUUUUCCCGCAUCCUCCUCCUCCACGCAGUCUGCCAAGAAUACAGCACCGUUAGCACCUAUUGUAAACGCCCUCUUGCAUCAUGGAUACCACAAAAUAACCCCGAGCGCCACAGCGACGAAACGCAUCUCCUCCACCUUUCCCACUCCAACUGGAGGAACUCUGCUCUGGAUUCUGUGGAUACACUUCAUUGGGCGGCGAAUGCCACCAUAGCUUCAUUGCUUGGGGCUGAGCAUCCUACUGUGCUGCAUCUUCACUUCUCUCGGGUGGUGUUGCUUGUUCCGAGGACGGCGAUUAUUACCCUUGCAAAGUAUCUACAGGAGCCGGAGCAUUUGAGGAAGGCUGCAAGUCAACAGGGAGCACUUCAGGCUGAACGUGAGAUAUCAGAAUGGGCCCAGCAGGACGGAUCAAAAGCUAGACUUGCGGCGUUACACUGCGGGUGUUUCCUCUGGCACGUCCGACGCUACGCAAAGUUGGCCUUCUACGAACCGCCUUGCGUAUUCUGGGCCACCCUAACUCUCUGGGCCUACAGCGUAUACUGUUCUAAAUCCCAAAGACCGUCAGGAGAUGUCCCGCGGCAAGUAUCCUCUGAUCAAUCAGAUGACGGGAACCCAACGUUCAUAAGACUAGAUCGACCUAACGAUGACGAGAUGGUGCAAUUAUUCGUAAGAACGGGGGUAUCUAAGGCGUAUAUAAGCGGUGUUGGUGAUAUUUAUGCUGAGACGGCGCCGAGGAAGAUACUCAAGGAGGGGAAGAGAGUUCUUGAGAGUGUGUCUUUGGCGUGGGGGAGGAGUGUAGAGUAUCUGAGUUUGCUAGACGCUCUGGCUUAG